GGCACAUUCCAACAACAACAGAACAAACGUCAAAUGACUGAAGUCGAUGUCGUCUUGCCAGAGGGCGUUGCCGAGCCCACAAAUAAACUUGCGUCAAGCUCACCGUCAAAAGAGGGGUCGGCGUCAUCGAUAGAGGCAGUAGCAGCAACAGAAUCUGAAUCCGAACAAACUUCAGGGGAAUUGGUCAAUAAACAGCAGGAAAGCGAUAAUGAUGAGCAACUGACGUUGGAAUCUAAUAGCAACGACGAUAGCAACAAAGGUGUCAAAGAUGUGGUCAGCGAUGAUGCUUCCACUCCAGUCUCACCACCGCAGCCAGCAAACGAGGAGAUCGUAGUUGCCAUGGAAGUAGAUGACAAUGAUAUAGAGGAGGGUGAUGUCGAUGGCGAGGAUUCACAGAUCACAAGCUCCACAGAGAAUGGCACUGGCAAAGAGCAAAAACUCAAUGAAGUUGACGGGGAUGAAGACGAGGAAGUGACCACCAAUGGUGAUCACGAUGAAGAUGAUGAUGUUGACAAAAGUGCAUCUACAGCAGAGAAUACUUGCGAUAGUGAAGAUCCGCUUGCAGCAGCUCAGGCCGAUGAAGUAGUUACGGAGGACGAAGAGACGUCGAUUGCUCCAAAAAAGUCCGAUGAACUACUCGACGAGGAGGAGAGUCAGGAAAGUGGCACAGCAAAAACUUUAAGCGAUUCUUCAGGGCCAACGGGAACUGACGAAAAAGGUGAGCAGGUGGACCGGAAAACAAAUGCCAUUAAUGGCUAUGUAGGUAGCCCGAAGGCAGACAGUGCUGACUCUCAAAAGUUGGAAUGUCCAGCCACUGGAAAUACGGAAAAGGAAAAUGGACAGGCCAGUGCAGCUGAGGCAAAGGCAGCAGCCACAACGAGAGGCGAUGCAGGCGUUGUCAAUCUCGACGACGAAAGUGAUGAAGAUGUCGAAAUGAAUGAAGCAAAACCGAAGGUGACGGAACAGCCGCCAAUCAUUAAGGAUUUUGUGCAGCCAACAAAAACACAAGUGGUUGCCUUAAGUGGCACAGAAUCCUCAGAUGAUGCAGUUCUGAUAGCCUCUGACUCGGAAUCGGAAAUGAUUAUCGACACUGCAUUGCCGACUAAAAAAGCACGAGUACCGGGAAUGGCAGUCACAUCCGCACCCACGCCAAAGCCUGCGGCUCCAAUUGUGGAAGAUGAAGAUGACGACGAUGAUUGCGUGGUCAUCGAGGAUGACACACCGCCAAGUAAUUCACCCAACGAGGUGAACAAGCGCAAAAGCGCCGCCAUCGAUCUCGACGAACUGCAGCAGCAGCCGAACAAGCGGCAACGGAGCUCUACGCCUUCGGGCCUGGGCCAGCUUACAAUAAAGGAUGCGCGCUCACUAAUGCCACACGAAGCUCCGACGGUAUCGUCCUCCACUUUACCACGCGAUACCGUCUAUCCAGUGACCAUAACCAAUGCAGUCACUGGAGUUGCAACCAAUUUGGGCCCCAUUGGACCGCCCAAAUUGAUGCCCAUGUCUGCCGCUAAUACAAAUGUAAACGCGCCAAUGCUCAAUCCGCCAACGUUAUCGUUCAGCGGCCUGCCAAGCAUGACCAACAAUGCCACCCUGCUGCCAGGAUUAACAGAUGACAUGUAUGUGCUGGAGGCGCCUUCCUUUAUAGUGCCCUAUAUCUACGAGAAACCGCCCAAUGACAACAUACGGAACGUUAUCAAGGACAUUGAAACCAAGUAUGCCCUUUCGCCCGAAGAUCUGGCUGAGGCGGAUAAGUCGGAUGAAUUUGAUAUGAUCACGGAGCAGAAUAAAGAGGUUAAGCCAGCGGACCAGCAGGAGGGGGGAGGCAAGAAGAAAAAGAAGCGCGGCGAUGACGAAUCCUGGUCCGAACAAUCGGACGAUGAUGAUGAUGAGGACGAUGACGAUGACUCAGAGUCCGGUAUGCGCACCAAAGUGCUCAUCAAGGAGGCAAGCGAUGAUUUGACCGCACUGAAGGGGGCCAUCAAGCCGGCCGCCGCUGUGGCUCAGUCGGGCGGCGGCGCUGCCGCUACACCGGCCAAACCAGGCCAGGAAAACUACUUUGAAAGCCCGCUGGGUAAAUUCUUUAUGGACAUUGGUGUCGGCCUCGUCCAGGAGUAUGUGCAGUCCGAUUUGUUGCGAUUACAAAAGCGAAAGAUGCGAAAAUCUCUUUCGCGCGAUCCCAAGGACUUCGAGAUGGCCAUCAAUGCGCUGUCGGGCAAUUUGCAGGCCUCCAAAACGAAAAACGCACCCUACAAGUUCACCAUGAAACGCUGUGAAUUCUGCAACUUCAAGUCCGAAUCAGCUCUUUCGAUGGCCAAUCACUAUGAGACGCCGCACAUGAAUGGCGUACUAUACAAAUGCAAUUUCUGCACCUUCGAGAUUCGCAACGCCACCGAAAUUGUCUAUCACAUGGAGGCGGUGCACAAUAUUAAGGCGCGACUUAUAAAACCACUCCCCUACCAUCAGUGUCCAAACUGUGGCUUCGAGGACAAUGGCAAGGCCAAGCUGGCGCGCCAUCAACCGGUGUGUGCCAAGAAAUUCCGACCUGAGCUAAAUCUGGCACCACCAAACGAUUGGGAAGCACCUGCCAAAAUACCGCGUAUUAAGCCCAGACAUGGUCUAGUGGGCACAGCGACGGCUUAUCAGGCCAUGGCAGCCCAGGCAGCGGCACAGAAGGCCGCUUUGGCCACCAUACAGCAACAGCAGCAGGCAGCAGCAGCAGCAGCUCGCAACAUGCAGGCGGCAGCUUUGGCAGCUCAGAAUGCGGCCAAGAUGCGACAACGCUCGCCACAGUUGCCCAAAGCGUUGCCACAGGGCAACAAUAUGGUACGCAAUCCGGCACCCGUUCGUGGUGCCGUAUCCACUGCCGCCAAUAUAGCGUUACAGAACAGUUACCAACUAGCUGCCGGGCAACUUGUACAGCAAGCUGCAAAGAAACCCGUGGCUGGCCAGCCAAGCAUCUCAAUAACGCCACUACCUCGUCAAAGUGCGGCUACCAGCGGCGCGGCCGCCUCAUCCAGCAAAAUGCCACAGGCACCAGCCGGCAUGAAGCCCGGCCAGAGUCCCAGCGGUAACAACAAGACACAGUUUGUCAUUUGCGAGAUAUGCGAUGGUUAUAUCAAGGAUCUGGAACAGCUGCGCAAUCACAUGCAAUGGAUGCAUAAAGUAAAGAUACACCCCAAAAUGAUCUACAAUCGUCCGCCGUUAAAUUGCCAAAAGUGUCAAUUCCGGUUCUUUACGGAUCAGGGCCUGGAACGGCAUUUGCUUGGCUCACAUGGCUUGGUCACAAGCUCUAUGCAGGAGGCCGCCAACAAGGGUAAAGAUGCCGGACGCUGUCCUGUGUGUGGCAGGAUGUAUCAAUGGAAGCUGUUGAAUCAUGUAUCUCGAGAUCAUCACAUGACACUCAAGCCUGCACAUUUAUCCUACAAAUGCACGGUAUGCACGGCGACAUUCGGCAUGUACAAACAGUUUGAGACGCAUGUCUAUACUGCGCACAGCACCGUGGCUAAGAAGGCCAUGGACAGCAAAAAGAAUAGCGCACAGUCAGCCGGUGCGGGCAUGUCCAGCAGUGGCAUGUCGCGCAAUUCGUUGGGCGCAGCAAACGACUCGCUUCUAAAGCCCUUGAAGAUCAACGAUGAGAUCACCAUCAUACCACAGCCCGCAUCGAAGGCACGCAUCACAAAUAUGGAGAGUCAUGUAAUAGAUUGAACAACGCAUUGGGUCAACCAAAUACAAAAGAAAACCAAUCUCGCAUAGUUACGGCAUUAGCCGAGCGUUAGGAGUAGUUUUUAAUCUGAGCUGCGCUUAGCUGCUUGGGUGGGACUCACAAGUUUAGACCGCAUAGUUUUUGUAAGAAGGAAGGAGUGUAUAAAACGUAAACAAUUUAUUUUAAACACAACUAGAACUUUACACGCUAUAUUUGGUUAGCCAAGGAGGAGCCGCUUACACAGGAUAGAAGAUACUAGUUACGCAAAUAGUUACAUACGUUUAAGCUGAAGUCGAGUGGCGUUAGAAUGGACACAAGUUGAAGUUGUAGCUACUAUUAAACAUAUACAUAAAGCCGUAAGAGCGCAUCGUCUGAAAUGACUAUGUAAAUUAGUUAAAAACUAAAAAGCUAUUUAUACGAAUAUCAUCUAAAUGUGUGUUGAGUAUGUAUAUACAUUAAAAAACCGCCACCUUCACACAUCCCCCACGUAUAACUCUUCUCCACACACAAAAAACGAGAAGAAACAUUUAUAUUAAGAGAGCUCAGUUUUGAUUUAAUUUAGAAGCAGAACAGGAUUUACGUAAACAGAAUAGAAAGUGUUUUGUCGUGUGGCUUAAAGGGAAGGAGAAGGAAGGGUCUAGCGGUUCAGGCGUUCAACAUUUUAAUUUUUGUGUAAACGUUUAAACAUUAUAUUUAUCUUACUUAUAUCUAUUAAUAUUACAAAUAUAUCAUCUAUUACUUUUAAGAACAUGUACUACAGUUAAAAUGCAAAACAAACAAUACAAAACAGCAAAAACAAACUGAAAAUGCGAAAAAUUAAAAACCUAGUUAAUAUAAACCCUCAAACAA